UCGCCCUCUCCUCUCUCUCGUUAAAUCACACGGUAGGACACGCGAUCGGACGGAGACUGGCGGCGACAGCACCCGGGGGGAAGUAAAAGAGAAGAAGGCAUUGAAGGAGUCUCCACAUGGGAGCAGCAGUGCUGCCUAAUCAACAUUUAUCUGACAGAAUCUGCCAAAGGACGCCUUGGACACGCUCUCAUGUCCUCAAACACAGACUACUAAAUCCAAGGAGCUAGAAAAAAGAAAAACAAAAAGCCAACUGCUGGCUCCAGCAAGUGGACAGAUUUUAAAGAAAAAACACGGCUGGAGAGGGGGAGGGUUGUAUGGGUGCCAGCUCCACUUUCAAGACUCACCGCCUCUCCUCGAUCUACCGCCGCCACCUCCCUCGUCUUCCUCCCUCCAUUUCCUCUUCCUCUGCUUUUCUCUCAUUCUCACUCUUUCUCUCUCAUGGGAGUGACAUAGAGGCCGUUGCUUGGUCCGCUGCCCCGCCCCUUUUGCGCCUCGCCGUGGAAACGGGGGCGUCCAGGUAGUGAUGUCGUGGAAGAGGAACUACUUUGCGUCGGGUGGCGGAGCAGCAGGCGGGGUGCAGGGGCUGGUGACCCCGAGAACCAUGACCUCUAUUGCACCCAGCAAAGGCCUGAGCAACGAGCCGGGACAGAACAGCUGCUUCCUCAACAGCGCUCUGCAGGUUCUGUGGCAUCUCGACAUCUUUCGCCGAAGCUUUCGACAGCUGACCACACACAAGUGCAUGGAGGACUCGUGUAUCUUCUGCGCUUUAAAGAGUAUCUUUGCUCAGUUCCAGUUCAGCAGUGAGCGCGUGCUGCCAUCAGAUGCACUGCGGAGUGCUCUGGCCAAGACUUUCCAAGACGAACAACGCUUUCAGCUGGGCAUCAUGGACGACGCUGCUGAGUGCUUUGAGAAUCUCCUGAUGCGUAUCCACUUCCACAUCAGCGCAGAGAGCAGAGAGGACAUCUGCACAGCUAAACACUGUAUACCACACCAGAAGUUUGCCAUGACUCUGUUCGAACAGUGUGUGUGUAACAGCUGUGGAGCCACAUCAGACCCCCUGCCCUUCAUUCAGAUGGUUCAUUACAUCUCCACUACAUCCCUCUGUAACCAAGCAGUGAGGAUGCUGGAGUGCAGAGACAAACCCACACCGGACAUGUUUGGGGAACUGCUCCGCAACGCCAGCAACAUGGGAGACCUGCGCAACUGCCCUAGUAACUGUGGGGAGGUGUUGCGUAUCCGCCGGGUGCUGAUGAACUCGCCAGAGAUUGUGUCCAUCGGGCUGGUGUGGGAUUCAGACCACUCUGACCUGGCAGAAGACGUCAUACACAGCCUGGGGACCUGCCUUCGUCUGGGAGAUUUGUUCUACCGUGUGACAGAGGAGAGGGCUCGCCAGGCGGAGCUCUACUUGGUGGGCAUGGUGUGCUACUACGGCAAGCACUACUCCACCUUCUUCUUCCAGACCAAGAUACGCAAGUGGAUGUACUUCGACGACGCCCACGUCAAAGAGAUCGGCCCUAAGUGGAAGGACGUGGUGUCUCGCUGUAUCAAAGGCCACUAUCAGCCCCUGCUGCUGCUCUACGCUGACCCCCGUGGGACGCCGGUGAUACUGCAGGAGAGCCCCAACCCCUGUACCAGCUCCAACCCGCAGCUGGAGCUCCAGCACUGCAGCAGCAAGGCUGGUUACGACAGUGAAGACUCCGGUCGGGAGCCGUCCAUAUCCAGCGAUACUCGUACCGACUCCUCAACGGACAGCUCGAGUCACCGCGCCUCUCGUAGCCGACCUCUCCACCAGUCCACGGGCAGCCACCUCUCCUGUGAAUCCCAGACCACGGUGGUCUGUAAUUACGACAUCGGCACACCACCGCACGGUGCUGACGCCAGAGAGUCAGCGGUGGAGGGUCCUCCCCGCCCUCCCUCUCCUCCCCUGCAGGAGUACAAGGAGACGGCUGUCUUCCUGCUCUCCUCUCGCCGGCCUCUCACCUCCUCCUCCUCCUCCUCUCGUCCCCUGUCCUCCUCCUCUUCGUCAGGAGUAGGGGGCUGUGAGGGAGGGGUCGGGGGCCCCCACUGGGAGGAUGAAAGCACCAGCAGUGAGAGCAAGUCCAGUUCUUCUGGAAGCCGCUACAGGCCGACCUGGAGGCCCAGGAGAGAGGCCCUGAACAUCGACAGCAUCUUCACCCGCCAGCGAGGCUCCUCUCUGGGCUACAACACCCUGCCUGGUCCCUCUCUCCCUCCGGAGCCCCAGGACUCCCUCCCCUUGGCGGGACCCGCUCCACCCACACAGCCAGGGCUGCAAGAGGUGGAAGGGAGGGAGAUCGGGGAGUUGGAGGCGGGGUUUGGGCUGGUCGGGCAGCCCAGGUCUCUGGGCAGUGGGCAGACGAUGGGUCCCCCUGCCCCUCCACCUCUAAGAGGGGUGGAGCACCAGCCACGUCUGAUUCAGAGGAUGGAGAGUGGCUACGAGAGCAGUGAGAGGAACAGCAGCAGCCCCGACAGGGAAGUGGGGCAACAAAAACGGGUGCUGAUGUCCGGCCCUUCAUGGCGCUCGGUGCCCAAGUCGAAGAGCAGUGGUGCCAUCCUGCAGGAGCUGCCCUCACCCAGCUGGGGUAGCGGCACCAACACAGGCUCAGGGCGCAGCGAGCUGGACGAGCUGCAGGAGGAGGUGGCGAGGAGAGCCCGCCAGCAGGAGCAGCAGAAACGGAGGGAGGCCGAGCGGGAGGCAGCCAUGGGAUUCAACCCUAAACCCAGCAAAUUCAUGGACCUGGACCAGCUCCAACAUCAGGGUACGGAUGAAAGAAGGAUGAAAAGAAAAACAGAGGUGAACAGCCUGGCCCGGUCCAAGUACUGCUGACGCCCAAUCAGGAGGAGGAAGAGGACCAGGCAACGCCCAACCAGGACGCUGCUCUGGGCCUGGACCCGCCCCCUCCACCCUAUCG